AUGCCCGCCACCGUCGUCUCCACCCCGGUUCCCGCCGGCGUCGACCGCAACCAGGUCCUGGCCGCGAUGCACAACCACGACCUGAUGGUGAAGACGCUCUGCCCGGCCCUGAUCUCGUACAAUCUCGAGUCCGGCUCCGUCGGCGCGGGUCAGUCCGCCACCUACUCCGUCACCGACAAGAAGCCCAUCGGCCAGACGACCUACCAGCUCACCAUCACCAACCUCGAGGACGGCGUCGACACCCUCGUCAACGCCAAGCCCCCCGUCGGCACCCUCGUCAUCCAGGGCAAGUGGCGCGUCGUCAACGAGGGCGCCAACCUCGUCCUCCGCGAGGAGGUCGAGAUCGAGGCCAACAUGCUCAUGAAGAAGAUGGCCAAGGGCAACGUCGAGAAGACCCACCCCGAGCAGCACGCCGCCCUCCUCGUCCAGGCCGGCAAGGCAUAG